CCAAAAUCAAGAAAAAGACCCGAUUCUCGCACACGGACGACGUGAAAAAUCGCAGUAGAACCCAAAAAGUUUUAAAAACCAAUACUUCUUGGCCCCACUCUCGAACAGAGAUUGGAAAAAAAAAAACUUGUUACCUCUUCGAAGCCCUCAUCAUUGAGAUUUUUUGAGAUCCCCAGAAGGGAAAAAAAUAAAUAAUGGAGGAAGGGGGAGAUGGGAUUGAGGAAUUCAGCGGCCGGUCGCUACACAGGACGGAGUCUCGAUGGGUCGACGGCAGCGAGGUCGACUCGGGGCUUUCGCCGGAGGAGGGAGAGAGCAUCAUGGAGAGGAUCCCGACGCUUCGCCGGAGAUUUGGGAAGAGACCCAAGAGGGUCGAUUCAUUAGAUGUUGAGGCUAUGGGGAUCGCUGAUGCGCUCAAGCACGGUCACAAGGACCUUUCAGUUUGGCACACAGUUGCAAUGGCAUUUCAAACUCUUGGUGUGGUAUAUGGUGACAUGGGCACGAGUCCUUUAUAUGUCUUCAGUGAUGUUUUCAGCAAGGUUCAUAUAAAAUCAGACAUUGAUGUUUUGGGAGCUUUAUCAUUAAUUAUUUACACAAUUGCACUCAUUCCUUUUGCCAAGUAUGUGUUUAUAGUGCUGAAAGCUAAUGAUAAUGGUGAAGGGGGCACCUUUGCAUUAUAUUCAUUAAUUUGCAGAUAUGCAAAAGUUAGCCGGCUUCCAAAUCAGCAGCGUGCUGAUGAGGAUAUCUCCAGUUUUCGGCUUAAGUUGCCAACUCCUGAACUGGAGAGGGCCUUAAGAAUAAAAGAGAGCUUGGAAAAGAGAUCUAGUGUUAAGACCCUUCUCUUGCUAUUGGUUCUUAUGGGUACUUCCAUGAUCAUUGGGGAUGGUAUUCUUACCCCAUCUAUGUCAGUAAUGUCAGCAGUAAGUGGUCUUCAAGGCCGAAUACCCGGAUUUGAUACAGAUGCUGUAGUCGUAGUUUCCAUCAUAAUUCUUGUGGCCUUGUUCAGCAUACAGAGGUUUGGGACUGGCAAAGUUGGUGUCAUGUUUUCUCCUAUUCUAGCUACUUGGUUCUUCAGUCUGGGAGCGAUUGGAAUAUACAACAUAGUUAAAUAUGAUAUUAGUGUCUUGAGAGCAUUCAACCCGAUGUAUGUCUAUUUUUUCUUCCAAAGGAACAGCCGGAAUGCCUGGUCAGCUCUUGGUGGUUGUGUUUUGUGCAUUACAGGAGCUGAAGCAAUGUUUGCUGAUCUAGGUCAUUUCACUGUGAAAUCUAUUCAGAUUGCAUUUACUUUUGUGGUAUUCCCCUGUCUUCUUUUAGCUUACCUCGGCCAGGCUGCAUUUCUGAUGAAAAAUCCAGAUUUAGUAGAAAGAGUUUUCUAUGAUUCCGUCCCUGAUAUUCUGUUUUGGCCAAUGUUUGUGGUAGCCACACCACUUGCUGCCAUGAUUGCCAGCCAGGCUAUGAUUUCAGCAACAUUUUCCUGCAUAAAACAGUCAAUGGCUCUUGGCUGCUUCCCGAGGGUGAAGAUAAUACAUACAUCCAAGAGAUUCAUGGGUCAGAUCUACAUUCCUGUCAUCAACUGGUUCCUGAUGAUCAUGUGCAUAAUUGUUGUCGCUGCAUUCAGGAGCACCAAUGAUAUAGCCAAUGCAUAUGGCAUUGCUGAGGUUGGAGUAAUGCUAGUUAGCACUUCUUUGGUGACACUAGUAAUGCUUCUCAUAUGGCAGACUAACCUAUUCCUAGCUAUAUGCUUCCCAGCCAUAUUCGGUACGGUAGAGCUUAUCUACUUAUCAGCAGUCUUAUCCAAACUAUUAGAAGGCGGGUGGCUACCACUUGCGUUCGCCUUUUGUUUUCUCUGCGUGAUGUACACUUGGAAUUAUGGAAGUGUACUAAAGUACCAGAGUGAGAUGCGAGAGAAAAUCUCCAUGGACUUCAUCGGUGAGCUUGGAUCCACACUGGGUACCAUUAGAGUACCUGGAAUUGGAUUAGUGUAUAAUGAGCUAGCCCAAGGUAUCCCUUCAAUUUUUGGCCAAUUUCUCCUUGCUCUCCCAGCAAUCCACUCUACAAUUGUGUUUGUCUGCAUUAAGUAUGUACCUGUUCCGGUUGUUCCUCAGAGCGAAAGAUUUAUCUUUCGAAGGGUUUGCCAAAAGGAUUUCCACAUGUUUCGCUGUGUUGCUCGUUAUGGAUAUAAGGACGUAAUUAAGGAGGAUCAUGGUAUCUUUGAGCAGAUCUUGGUGGAGAGCCUUGAGAAAUUUCUGAGAAGGGAAGCUCAAGAACUUGCACUAGAGAUGAAUCAAGUUGAGCUGGACUUUGAGGACGAUGAAUCUAUAAGGUCCAGGGAAUUUGGAGCUCCAGCUGUAGUCGGAGAGCUUCAAAUUCCACUGCUUUCUGAUCAAAGGUUGGAUACUAGUAGCACUUCCAGUGAAAAGGGGGAACAUGUUUCCGGGCUUCCAUCGAGUGCCAUGCCUUUAGUUGAAGACCCAAGCCUUGAGUAUGAGCUAUCAGCUCUUAGAGAAGCAAUGGAGUCAGGAUUCACGUAUCUUUUGUCCCACGGUGAUGUAAGAGCAAUGAAAAGUUCUUGGUUCUUGAAGAAGUUGGUCAUUAAUUACUUCUAUGCAUUUCUCAGGAGAAAUUGUCGAGCUGGCUCAGCAAAUAUGAGUGUGCCUCAUAUGAACAUUAUUCGUGUUGGAAUGACGUACAUGGUUUAAUUCAGGCUAAGGUUUAUAUUCAGAUGAUGUAUUCUUUUAGUAGUAGUUUUAGUGCUUGUUAUAUACUGUGCUUUGGUAUGUUUCUAUUGGCAGAAAAUUUGAAUGUUGGAUGUAGAAAUUCAUGUACAACAUUAUGGUCAAUAAUUUGAUUCAUAAGGGAUUCAUUAUGAGUUC